AUGGACUAUAAACUAAUACGACGCAGUUGCUGUCCUCCUCGCGGAGACGCGAAGAUUGGUGGUACCGUCACCUUCGAGCAGGCUGAUGAGAACUCCCCCACCACCAUCUCCUGGAACAUCACCGGUCACGAUGCCAACGCCGAGCGUGCCUUCCACGUCCACCAGUUCGGUGACAACACCAACGGCUGCACCUCUGCCGGCCCCCACUUCAACCCCUUCGGCAAGACCCACGGCGCUCCCACCGACUCCGAGCGCCACGUCGGUGACCUUGGCAACUUCAAGACUGAUGCCGAGGGCAACGCUACCGGCUCCAUGCAGGACAAGCUCGUCAAGCUGAUCGGCGCCGAGAGCGUUCUCGGCCGUACUCUAGUCAUUCACGCCGGCACCGAUGAUCUCGGCAGGGGUGGCACCGAGGAGUCCAAGAAGACCGGUAACGCUGGUCUCCGUCCCGCCUGCGCCCGCGUCAAGUCCGUCCUGUCAGGCGACACGGUCGUGCUGUCGCAUGUCACCAAUCCCUCACAAGAACGCAUCCUGAGUCUGGCCUAUGUGUCCGCACCGAGAUUAAAGAGAGAGGGCGAUGAGGCCUACGGCUUCCACUCCCGUGAAUUCCUUCGUGAGCUCCUUGUUGGCAAGGUCAUUCAGUUCCACGUCGUUUAUACCAUCCCCACCGGCGCCAAGCGCGAGUACGGUAUCAUUAAGCUGCCUGGAUUCGACGCCCAGCUUCCCGAUAUUAGUGUUCAGGAGGGAUGGACCCGUGUCCGCGAGGAGGCAGGCAAGCGCUCGGAUGAUUCUGAGGAGACUUUGGCUUUGUUGGAGCGAUUGCGUGCCCUUGAGUCCCUCGCUCAAAACGAGGGCAAGGGUAUUUGGUCUAGCACGGACAAUGGUCAGAUUGAGACCUCUUACGAAUUGUCUAAUGGCCAGGCAUUGGUGGACCAGUACCGCAACAGCCAGCUAGAGGGUAUUGUUGAGAGGGUUCUGAACGGUGAUCGUGUCAUUUUGCGCCUGCUGCUUUCGCCUCAGGAGCACCUCCAGACUUUAGUUGCGUUGGCGGGCGUGAGAGCACCUUCGACGAAGCGCACAACUGCCGAGGGUAAGGAGCAGGCUGGUGAGCCUUUUGGCGAAGAGGCUCUUCAAUUUGUUGAGUCUCGUCUGCAGCAGCGCAAGGUCAAGGUCUGCCUGGUCGGUGUUACUCCCCAGGGCCAGCUAGUCGCUACUCUGCUGCACCCAAUGGGCAACAUCUCUCGAUUCCUUCUCGAAGCUGGUCUGGCACGUUGCCAGGAUCACCACUCUACUAUGCUUGGUGGUGACAUGGCUUCUCUUCGCCAGGCGGAGCUCAGUGCAAAGGCUGCCCGCAAGGGUGUCUUUACCGGACACGUUGCUCCCAAGGGUAGCGGUGCCGCUGCUCUCGACUACACUGUCACCCGUGUAUUGAACGCCGAUACCCUUUUCAUUCGCAAUAAGGCCGGCCAGGAGAAGAAGAUCAGCCUUACCAGCAUCCGUCAGCCCAAGCCCUCUGACCCCAAGCAGGCUCCUUUCGCUGCCGAGGCCAAGGAGUACCUCCGUAAACGUGUCAUUGCCAAGGCUGUGAAGGUUACCAUUGAUGGUAAGAAGCCCGCCAACGAGGGUUUCGAGGAGCGUGAGGUUGCUACUGUCAUGCAGGGCAACGUCAAUGUUGGUCUGGCCAUGGUUGAAGCCGGAUAUGCCUCCGUGAUCCGUCAUCGCAUGGAUGAUAACGACCGUGCUCCCUACUACGAUGAGUUGUUGGCCGCUGAGGCCGAGGCACAGAAGGAGAACAAGGGCAUGUGGUCGCCCAAGGCUCCCAAGACCAAGCAAAUUGUGGACUAUUCUGAAAGCGUCCAGAAGGCGAAGCUGGAAGUCGGCAUCCUGCAGCGCUCGAAGCGCAUCCCCGCUGUUGUCGACUUCGUCAAGUCUGCUUCCCGUUUCACCGUGAUUGUUCCCCGGGAGAACGCCAAGUUGACCCUCGUCCUUUCCGGUAUUCGUGCUCCUCGAUCUGCCCGCGGGCCGGGUGAGGCUGGCGAGCCGUUUGGUCAGGAGGCCCACGAUUUGGCUAACCGUCGCUGCAUGCAGCGCGACGUUGAGAUCGACGUUGAGACGAUUGAUAAGGUUGGUGGUUUCAUUGGAACUCUUUACAUCAACAAGGAGAACUUCACCAAGGUCCUUCUGGAGGAGGGUCUUGCUACCGUACAUGCAUACUCGGCUGAGCAGUCUGGUCACGCCAACGAGUACUUUGCGGCUGAGCAGCGGGCUAAGGACGCUCGCAAGGGUCUUUGGCACGACUGGGAUCCCAGCAAGGAGGCUGCUGAGGCCGAGGAGUCGGAGGCUGCGAACGGCGGCGACGAGAGACGCCGCAAGGACUACCGCGAUGUGACCGUCACCUACGUUGAUCCGGCAUCUGGAAGAUUGAAGCUGCAGCAGAUCGGCUCCGGUACCAACGCUCUCACCGAGCUGAUGAGCGCGUUCCGUUCCUUCCACCUGAACAAGGCCAACGACACCCCCCUGCCCGGACCUCCCAAGGCCGGUGAGUGGGUUGCUGCUCAAUUCAGCGAGGACGGUAACUGGUACCGCGCCAAGGUUCGCCGCAACGAUCGUGAGAAGGAGCAAGCUGAGGUUGUUUAUAUCGACUUCGGUAACUCUGAGGUUCUGCCCUGGAGCAGCCUACGUCCUCUCACCCAGUCCCAAUUCACAAGCCAGGCUCUGCGCCCCCAGGCUGUCGAUGCCGCCCUCUCGUUCCUACAGUUCCCCACCUCUCCUGACUACCUUGCAGAUGCUGUUGCUUUCGUGACCGACCAUACCUGCGACCGGCAGCUCGUCGCCAACGUCGACUACGUUGACCCCGAGGGCACUCUGCACGUCACUCUUCUCGACCCCACCAACUCCAAGAGCCUCGACCAGAGCAUCAACGCCGACAUUAUCUCCGAGGGCAUGGCGAUGGUGCCUCGUAAGCUCAAGGCGUGGGAGCGUGCUUCCAUUGAUACUUUGAACACCCUGCGUGAGCUCGAGGAGGAGGCCAAGGCCGAGCGCCUCGGUAUGUGGGAGUAUGGUGAUCUGACCGAGGACUAA